UUGGUUCGUGUCGACGGUUGAUGCCACUAGAAAGUCGUUGGUAGUCGGUGGGUGCGGUUGUUCCGCGAUAAAGAGAAGGGCGCGUCGGUUUGGGCAUCGCGAGAAAGUUUAUUCCGUCGUUCGAAAGGUGUACAGAGUGAAAACACAGCGUGGGAGAGAGAGAAAAUUUCGAAUCGAGGAAGAAGAGGAAAGGUUUUAACCGUCGAUAGUGAUCGUUUAAAAGUAUAUCGAAUAUAUAUCUCGCAGUCUGUCGCUUCUCGCGGGUAUCCCAGGGAUCGGAGAAACGAUUUGGAACGCGUGAACGAUCGCGACAAAACGCAGAAUCGAAUCACUAGCUGGUGUGAUCGUAUCCGUCGGUCUAACAAGACCGUCGCAACGAAUUCAAAAUCCGUCGACCGAGACUCACGAUUUUCGCGAGGCGAAUCGCGUCGAACGAACGACCUGCCGGAGCCGUAUCGUCGUUGGUAUACGAAAAAGAAUCAUCGAGAACCGACCGGUACUCCGUUUUCGCGCUGGAGCUUCGACGAACGGAUACGAAGUGCGACCGUGCGACGUGGCCGCGCCGCCAUUUUGUGAAGAUUCCUGAAUACAUCCCGCCACGAACAACAACGGCCCCUCUCGCGCCGUGACCCAUCUGAUCGAGGAAGAAACGGCGUUACGCUUCGAUCGUCGCGCAUCGUCUCCGACUCCGUUUUCACCAUCGGGGAAAAGGGAAAAGGGGCCGGCGGGGGUGGAAGAGGAUUGGAAGAGGUGUGACAUAUACAACAUUUCCUCGUAGAUCGAUUCGACCUGGGUGACUUCGCUUAGCAACCAUGAGACUGGAAAUUGUGUCAGCGGCGGAUUUUUUGGUGCAUCUGCUGCGUCUGCAGGCGGGUCAGCUGUCCGAGCGGCAGCUCGAGAUGUUCAAGUCAUCGUUGACGGAAGUUCUCCGCCACCGUUACAGGAACCAUUGGUUCCCAGAUCGUCCGAACCGUGGUUCCGGUUACCGUUGUAUACGCAUCAACGGUAAAAUGGACCCGGUGAUCGCGCAGGCAGGUGCGAACGUAGGAUUGUUGCCCACGGUGUUGCACAGUCUGUUCCCGAGCGAGCUGACUAUGUGGAUCGACCCGUCGGAAGUAUCGUACAGAAUCGGCGAGAACGGAUCCAUCUGCGUGCUCUACGAGCGCACGGAACCCGACCCGGAGGAGCAACAUCAGUAUCAACAUCCCCAUCAGCACCACCACCAUCAACAACAACAACAACAGCAACAACAAUUCGAAAGCUGCAAAGAUUCGUUGUUGUUGGAACACUCGCAGUUCAGCGAGCAAAUCGCCGCGUUCGUUUCCAGUUGAAGCGUUUCACGGAACACGCAUUCGUCGUCGCGACGACGCUAGACGUCUCGCUUCGUCUCUAUUGGACGUGCAUCACGCUCUCGGACUGAUCAAAGCACACGCGUCUUUUUUUUCGUGAUAUAUGUGAUCGUGCUCCCCUCUGGUCAAAGUGAAAACAUGACGUAUUUUUCACUCGUGUACACGGACGCACGCGCGCGCGCGCGCUCUCUCUCUCUUUCUCUUUCUCUCCCCUACCGUUCCAUCGAACGGUGUUCCCAGCCAGAAAAGGGAACGUCGACGAUUAUCAGCAAAGCAAAUCCAGUCGAAGGUAUGGGAAUCUAAUAAAAAAUCGGAUUUUCUUGGCCAAAUUCCGAUCCGAAUUCUGUGAUCCGACGGAUCGCUCACCAAUUGAGUACGACUGACUCUAGUCCAACCAUAUCGUGCGCGAGUCAUCCUCCGAGCACUCUUCGUGAAAGGGGAUUACACGCUCAUGGCAGAAGAUGCGUCAUCAUUAUUGUCGAAUGAUCGAGAAACUGUAACAGCAGGAGAACGCGGCGCGCGUGUACGUGUAGCAUCGAUGCGACCAGACCAGAUCAACGGUCAUCUUGCGUCCCGGCGCGUCUCGCGAGAAGAUCCGGGGCUUUUCUUUUGUUCCAGCCACAAAGGGGGAAGAAGCAGCAGCAGCGAGACCGCCAUUGCAAAGUGAGAAACUGAAAACAAAAUGGGCGAGCUCCGCGAGGAACUCUCUCUCAGCCCGACAAAUUGAUCUCAGCCUCCUCUCGCGCGCGCCUCCGUCGAUCCUGAAAGGACGCCGCGCGGGACCGGGGAACAACGAACCAGUCUGACCCUCUUCUCUGUUCCGCAGAGAGAGGAAAACGCAAAAAAAAAGAAAAAAAGAAACGAGCCUCUCUCCCUCGAGAAGAAUUCAACGUGUUUUUACCGUCGCAAAUCUCUUUUCUUCCACGAAGUCUCUUUAUCUACCAUUCUAAUCGAUUACUCGGAAGCCUCUCGUAUUCUGAUGUUCUUGGUACGUCUCUCCCUUCUACGGCGAUCGAGAAGAAGAAAAUCGUGGACGAAGAUGCCUGUAAACGCAGAGAAAAUUACAAGACCAGAAGGAACGAGCAAAAUUCGACCGAACACUCAUCGUCAACAACAACAACAUCCGGUUGAAUAUGCACACUCUUCUGUCGUCAACUGUGAUCGUCAUGAACUUUUGCCUCCCUUAACCUCGCACUGUGAAUGCAAAUUACCACCGAGCCACACACAGACACCGAAACAAAACACAUUACCAGUCACUCGGGAAAGAAAAAACGAAUAUCCAUAACUCGAUUUUAGUUGCCACGUGAUCGAAAGUUACAGAAGGAGGAGCCCGUUGAUCUACCAGUUUAAUCCAUCGGUUUUCUGAGAUCCUCAGGAGUCGAUUCGGACCCUACCUUCUCCACAUUGGGAUACGUUGGCGCCAACGAUCCGCGACGACGACGCCGACGCGGCCGCGUUCUGUCGCCGCUGCCACGGAUACCGCGGAGCACAGCGGCCUCCCCCCCGAGUAUUGUUUUUUUUCCGGAUCAUCCAUCGUCCAUCAUCGUCUUCAUUGGUCGUCAGAUGCUGAGCCGCCUGAAGCUCGACCCACACCUUGGUAUCGUUAACACAAUAAGAACACACGUUUACACUGCAUACGUACAAACCUUUAACAAAAGCGCGAGUUUAUAUGUACAUAUAUAUAGGUAUUAUGUACCGUAGGUUAUCGUAUGCACGCGCGAGACCGAACCGAAAAUUCGACUCGCGCGUGUAUCACGUGUCGUGUCGUCAAAUUGUAUAUUAUCUGUUUUCUCGUGCAGUGGAGAAAGAGACUGAGCGAGCGAAAUGAACGAAAUCUUUCCGUAUGCGUGUCUAUGCAUGUAUGAUGUCUGGGCCUGGCUGCGUGUAUGUACGAGUACAUCCAUAUGGCUGUGUGUAUGCGUGAACGCGCGCGAUAGUGAAGGAGAGAAAGGAAAGCGCGCUUGGGUGUAAGCGAGAAAGGGGUCAAAGAAAUAAAAAUAUGAAGUAAACAACUGUGAUCUUCUUCGCAUGAAGGGAGGGGGCGCGUUACAUCGUGCAUGUCUUAUACAAUUAUCUUUUCUGGUGUUUCGGACGCGACCGACACGCUCGGUCGUUCGAAUGCGCGGGGUGUGCAUGCGACAGGGCACGAAUGGGGACCGUGUAAACGCGAAAGAGACGUUAUCAAGUGACUAUUUUUCGAUCCAUAGAUUCACCACUUGGACAAUAACGUUCACCGAUCGGCUGUUCUUUCGUAAUCGCUUGCUUCCUUCCAAGGGUUCUCGGGUACAUUGGUUUUUCGUUUCGAUGGUGGAACAAUGUAUCGCCGUUUACGAAUGUUCCGAAGCGAACUGUUACUCGUUUAGUGUGAUUAACGUCGAACUGGUUCUCAUGCGAAUGUAUCGCCGAUCCUCGUACGCGACUGUUUUUUUUUUCUGAAUUGUUCACCCCCUCCGCUUUCGAUAGUUUUCGUCUGUAUCGAUAAAAUGGACAAACUUUCUUUGCAAUAGUAGUAGAAAAGCUUGGUCCAUCUCUAAAAAAAGAACUUUUUUAUCGAUGGGAUAGCAGGUUGAGCUAUAUCUCUCAUAGAUGCAGCCGCUUCUGGAGGUGUAGGGACAGGUUUUGUCAUUGUAGUUACCGGUGCAAUAACCCCCAUAGAAAUCCAACUACGUUCAGUUUACUAAAGUUAAUUCUUUUACGAGAUUUCUAGCCAAUCGCAGGGUGUUAUCGCUUUCACGCUUCCCUCUGAGUAGUUUUGCUAAUCGUGAAAUUUCCUUUGCAAUCGAACUACUGAAAUUUUACGGUUCUAAGGUCUAAAUGUGACGAGAAACAUUCGUUGUAACAGCUGCAAAUUAAUGUCGUAGGAAUGCCGAAACGAAAUUAUCGCCGGUUGUAUUAAAUCUUAUAAAUCAGUCGAAUAUUCUUCUUCUCCAUAUAACCAUCGAGCGAGCAUUUUUCAUUAGAAAUAUUGAUUUUUAAGCUUUUGCGUCUUGAUCAUCACGGAGUUAUUUUAUUCUGUUAUCAAUUUUUAUAGAUAGUUCCUCUCGUUGUGAACGCUAGAGAACUAUAAAGACUUCAAAAGUUUCGUAAGAAUUCGUAACAAUAAUGCGACCACGCGAUAAGAAAAACAAAAAUGUUGAAAAGACUGCUUUAUGGUUCUUUACGGGAAUAAUAA